AUGGGGGCUAAUAUACACAACCUUACCAGCACUAUUGACAUGACCUUUGAACAUAAGGAUAAGGUCAGUAAUGAGUCCUGUGUUUCUUGGGAUGGCAAAGGAGAACUUAAUUGGACGACGUUCGGCUGUGUGACAGAAACAAUCGACAGCAACACCAUAAAGUGCUCCUGCUCACAUCUGACCUUCUUUGCAGUGCUGAUGAUCCCUCAGUCAGAUGUAAGCAUCGACCCAGUGCCGGAUCUGGAAUCACUGACUUUAAUCACUUCUAUCGGCUGCGGCAUCUCCAUGUUUUUUAUGGCCAUUGCUUUAUUCAUGCAUUUCCUGCUACGGAAAGCCAAAUCAAAUCAGGCCACGAAGAUCCUGAUGAACAUGUUUGUGGCUUUGUCUCUACUGAAUGCCUCAUUUUUGUCAAACGAGAGCAUCGCUAACACAGGAGACAACGCUGCGUGUGUCUUCAUAGCGCUGCUCCUGCAUUACUCCAUGCUGGCCUCAUUCACCUGGUUCUUCAUUCAAGCUCUUCAUAUGUACUUAUGGCUCAUCAGACAGAACGUCUCCAUCACAAACUACAUGAGGAAGAUCACCGUGUUGGGCUGGGCAGGCUCCGGCCCCCUGGCAAACGGCGCCAACUCCUCCGCUCCCUCACGGACGGUAGCCACGCCUCCACAUCGCGGGCGGCUGGCAGCAAGCUCGCCCAUCCCCGGCAACUAA